AAACACUAUCGUUGGCUCUAGGGUUUCGAAGUCCCUUGCAUUCUAUCAAAAGAAGAGAGCUUCCAUCGUCUCUGCAGCAAAAAACAGAAGGGGCUUACAUUUUAGCAACCAUGAUUAUCCCAGAGAAGAACAGAAGAGAGAUCUCCAAGUACCUCUUUCAAGAGGGAGUUUGCUAUGCGAAAAAAGAUUUCAACCUUGCAAAGCACCCAGAGAUUGAUGUACCCAAUCUCCAGGUUAUUAAGCUCAUGCAGAGCUUCAAAUCCAAGGAAUAUGUUCGUGAGACAUUUGCAUGGAUGUACUACUACUGGUAUCUUACCAAUGAUGGGAUUGAGUUUUUGAGGACAUACCUGAAUCUUCCAUCAGAAAUUGUUCCUGCCACCUUGAAGAAACAAGCAAAGCCUGCUGGUGGUCGCCCAUUUGGAGGCCCACCUGGUGACCGUCCCCGAGGUCCACCUCGCUUUGAAGGAGACCGUCCUAGAUUUGGUGACCGUGAUGGUUAUCGUGGGGGCCCUCGAGGGGGCGAAGGUGGUGAGAAGGGAGGAGCACCAGCAGAUUACCAGCCUGCAUUUCGGGUAAUUUCACACCGUCAGUUUCCCUAAAUGUUAAU